AUGGUGGGGGAAGGACCUUACCUUAUCUCUGAUCUGGAUCGGAGAGGCCAGCGGAGGUCCUUUUCAGAGAGAUAUGACCCCAGCCUGAGGACCAUGAUCCCAGUGCGACCCUAUGCAAGGUUGGCAUCCAACCCGGUGGACAAUGCAGGACUGCUCUCCUUUGCCACAUUUUCCUGGCUCACACCGAUGAUGGUUAGAAGUUACAGGCACACGCUGACUGUGGAUACCCUGCCCCCGCUGUCACCAUAUGACUCAUCUGACACCAACGCCAGAAGAUUUCGAAUCCUUUGGGAUGAAGAGGUAGAAAGGGUGGGUCCUGAGAAGGCCUCCCUGGGCCAUGUGGCCUGGAAAUUCCAGAGGACGCGUGUCUUAAUGGAUAUCUUGGCCAAUAUCCUAUGCAUUAUCAUGUCAGCCAUAGGGCCGACGGUUCUCAUUCACCAAAUCCUCCAGCACACCGAGAGCUCCUCCGGCAAAGUCUGGGUUGGCAUCAGCCUGUGCAUAGCCCUUUUUGCCACCGAGUUUACCAAGGUCCUCUUUUGGGCCCUUGCCUGGGCCAUAAAUUACCGCACGGCGAUCCGGUUGAAGGUGGCCCUCUCCACCCUGGUUUUCGAAAACCUGGUGUCCUUCAAGACAUUGACACACUUCUCUGUUGGUGAGGUUCUCAAUAUACUAUCAAGUGAUAGCUAUUCUUUGUUUGAAGCUGCCUUGUUUUGUCCCUUGCCAGCCACCAUCCCUAUCCUAAUGGCCGUUUGUGCGGUGUACGCCUAUUUCAUUCUGGGGCCCACAGCUCUCAUCGGGAUAUCCGUGUAUAUCAUAUUCAUCCCUGUCCAGAUGUUUAUGGCUAGGCUCAAUUCAGCUUUCCGAAGAUCAGCAAUUUCGGUGACAGACAAGAGAGUUCAGACAAUGAAUGAGUUUCUGACCUGCAUCAAGCUGAUUAAAAUGUACGCCUGGGAGAGAUCUUUUACGAACACCAUUCGAGAUAUAAGAAAGAGGGAAAGAAAAUUACUGGAAAAAGCUGGAUAUGUCCAGAGUGGAAACUCGGCCCUGGCCCCCAUUGUGUCCACCAUAGCCAUUGUGUUGACUUUCACCUGCCACAUCCUCCUGAGGCGCAAACUCACAGCCCCUGUGGCAUUUAGUGUGAUUGCCAUGUUUAAUGUAAUGAAGUUUUCAAUUGCAAUCUUGCCUUUCUCGGUCAAAGCAAUGGCCGAAGCCAAUGUCUCCCUAAGGAGAAUGAAGAAAAUUCUCAUAGAUAAAAGCCCCCCAUCUUACAUCACCCAACCAGAAGACCCAGAUAUUGUCUUGCUUUUAGCAAAUGCCACCUUGACAUGGGAGCAAGAAACCAGCAAGAAGAAUAACUCGAAGAAAGUGCAGGACCAGAAAAGGCACUUUUUCAAGAAACGGAGACAGGAAGUAUAUACUGAAUGCAGUCCAUCAGCCCAGGGAUUUGCUAGCUCAGAGGAACAAAAUGGCGGCCCCAAAUCAGUUCUGCACAACAUAAGCUUUGUGGUGAGAAAGGGGAAAGUCCUAGGGAUCUGCGGGAAUGUUGGAAGUGGAAAGAGCUCCCUCAUUGCAGCUGUCCUAGGACAGAUGCAGUUACAGAAAGGAAUUGUGGCUGUCAACGGAACCUUGGCCUAUGUUUCACAGCAAGCCUGGAUCUUCCAUGGAAAUGUGAGAGAAAACAUAUUAUUUGGAGAAAAGUACGAUCACCAAAGGUAUCAGCACACAGUUCGUGUCUGUGGCCUCCAGAAGGACCUCCGCAGCCUCCCUUAUGGAGACCUGACUGAGAUUGGGGAGCGGGGUCUCAACCUCUCUGGGGGUCAGAGGCAGAGGAUCAGCCUGGCCCGCGCUGUCUACUCAGACCGUCAGCUCUACCUGCUGGAUGACCCCCUGUCAGCGGUGGACGCCCACGUGGGGAAGCAUGUCUUUGAGGAAUGUAUUAAGAAGACGCUCAGGGGGAAGACUGUCGUCCUGGUGACCCACCAGCUGCAGUUCUUGGAGUCUUGCGAUGAGGUCAUCUUGUUAGAAGACGGAGAGAUUUGUGAAAAGGGAACCCACAAGAAGCUAAUGGAGGAGAGAGGGCAGUACGCAAAACUGAUCCACAAUCUCCGGGGGUUGCAAUUCAAGGACCCUGAGCACAUUUACAAUGAAGCCAUGGUGGAAGCCCUUCAGGAGAGCCCUGAGGAGACAGAUGAAGACACUGGUACAGUCAGAGUUCGAAUCCCGCCUCUUCCCACCCCUGACCCAGGAGCCGACACAGACCUCUCUUUCUUUCUCACCCUAGUUUUGACUCCAGGAGAUGAGAAAGAUGAAGGAAAGGAAUCUGAAACCAAUUCAGAAUUUGUAGACACCAAAGUUCCUGUGCACCAGCUUGUCCAGACUGAAUCCUCCCAGGAAGGAACUGUGACCUGGAAAACAUAUCACACAUACAUUAAGGCUUCUGGAGGGUACCUUCUCUCUCUCUUUGCCAUGUUCCUCUUCUUUCUGAUGAUUGGCAGCUCCGCCUUCAGCAACUGGUGGCUGGGUCUCUGGUUAGACAAGGAGUCACAGAUGACCUGUGGGUCCCAGAGCAACAAGAGCAUGUGUGAGAUUGGCAAGGUCCUAGCAGACACCGGGCAGCACAUGUACCAGUGGGUAUAUGCAGCCAGCAUGGUGUUCGUGCUGGUGUUUGGCAUUAUCAAAGGCUUGACCUUCACCAAGACCACACUGAUGGCGUCCUCCUCACUGCACGACCAAGUGUUCGACAAGAUCUUAAAGAGCCCAAUGAGCUUCUUUGACACGACUCCCACUGGCAGGCUAAUGAAUCGUUUUUCCAAAGAUAUGGAUGAGCUGGAUGUGAGGCUGCCGUUUCACGCCGAGAACUUUAUGCAGCAGUUUUUUAUGGUGGUGUUUAUUCUCAUGAUAUUGGCUGCUGUGUUUCCCGCUGUCCUUUUGGUCCUGGCUGGCCUUGCUAUAAUCUUCUUGGUUCUUUUAUGUGUUUUCCACCGAGGAGUCCAGGAGCUCAAGAAGGUGGAGAACGUCAGUCGGUCACCCUGGUUUUCCCACAUCACCUCCUCCAUGCAGGGCCUGGGUGUCAUUCAUGCCUAUGACAAAAAGGAAGACUGCAUCAACAACCACCUUCUGUAUUUUAACUGUGCUCUCCGGUGGUUUGCUUUAAGAAUGGAUGUCCUCAUGAACAUCGUCACCCUCAUUGUGGCCUUGUUGGUGACCCUGAGUUUCUCCUCAAUCAGUGCUUCAUCCAAAGGCUUGUCACUAUCUUACAUCAUCCAGCUAAGCGGAUUGCUCCAGGUGUGUGUGCGGACAGGAACGGAGACCCAGGCCAAGUUCACCUCGGUGGAGCUGCUAAGGGAGUACAUUGCGACCUGUGUUCCCGAAUGCACUCAUCCCCUCAAAGUCGGGGCCUGUCCCAAGGACUGGCCUAGCCACGGGGAGAUAACCUUCAGAGACUAUCAGAUGAGAUACAGAGAGAACACCCCCCUUGUUCUCAACGAGCUGAACCUAAACAUAGAAAGUGGGCAGACAGUUGGGAUCGUUGGAAGAACAGGUUCCGGAAAGUCGUCACUGGGAAUGGCCUUGUUCCGUCUGGUGGAGCCGGCAGGCGGCUCGAUCUUCAUCGAUGAGGUGGAUAUCUGUACCAUCAGUUUAGAAGACCUCCGAACCAAGCUGACCGUGAUCCCUCAGGAUCCUGUCCUGUUUGUAGGUACAGUAAGGUACAACUUGGAUCCCUUUGAGAGUCACUCCGAUGAGAUACUCUGGCAGGUUCUGGAGAGAACGUUCAUGAAAGACACAAUAAUGAAACUCCCGGAAAAAUUACAGGCAGAAGUCACAGAAAAUGGGGAAAACUUCUCAGUAGGGGAACGUCAGCUGCUUUGUAUGGCCCGAGCACUUCUCCGUAAUUCAAAAAUCAUUCUCUUGGAUGAAGCCACUGCCUCCAUGGACUCCAAGACGGACACCCUUGUUCAGAGCACCAUUAAAGACGCCUUCAAAGGCUGCACAGUGUUGACUAUCGCCCACCGCCUAAACACCGUUCUCAACUGCGACCGUGUCCUGGUCAUGGAAAAUGGGAAGGUGAUUGAGUUUGACAAGCCAGAAGUCCUUGCGGAGAAGCCCAAUUCUGCAUUUGCAAUGCUACUAGCGUCAGAAGUCCGAUUGUAAAAAUUCCUGGGGCUGAUCUGAGUGGAGGAGGAGGGUAUGUGAGAUGAGUAGGAUGAAUCUGCAGGAGGAGCUAUCGGCUCAGCCGGGUGCCCUGGCCACAGCCCCUCGGGGUCCAUGUGGGCCUGAGGUUGUGUCCCCUUCCCCACCCAACCUGUGAAACCUCACCUCAGCUGGCAGGCUUGGAGUUCUGGGUGGUGGACAGAGGCAGAUGGGAGCUAAUGGAUUAAAAAGUUGCCCCUUACCUCCUAAAAUCCCAAAGGUCCCUCAUGUGUCUCCACCAAUACCAUCUCAGUACCUGAGCAUGGAAACAUUUCAACUCUGUUGAAAAUCAGUCAAAGCAAACAAUGGGGAAAUGCCUACCUAGACCUGGAGCUUACAGGUCUCCUUAUCUUGUUAUCAGAAGAGAGAAGAGUAGAGUUCUCUUCCUGUUUAACUUCUCUUCACUUCUAUCUUGCCUAUGCCAUAAGCAGUAACUACACAGAUCUGUA